CUGGGGGAAGCCGCUGGGCCGGGGCCCAGGAGAUGCCCUUCUCCAGCGGGGCGCUACCAGGAUGCUCCAAGCAGGAGGUGACGUCCCAGUGGGGGGGACACGAGGAGAAGGACUGAGACACAGAGGAGCUCUCCUGCCUGAAGCAUGUUCGGGGGGAGACAGGGGGCUGCAGGUUGACCUUCCCAUCCCCUGACUCCCUGCCUGCCCAUCCCUAGUCCAUGGGUGCCCCCCUCCCCGCCCUCCCCUCCUCCUUCAACUCCAGCGCCGAGGAAGCCGAGCCGGAGGCAGUGCUGAGCCGGAUAUGCAGCGACUCCCCGCAUCCCUCCUUGGCAGAGCGCGGUGACGCCGCGGCAGCCACCACGGAGAGGACACAGGACCCCCCCCUGGGCCCACCAUGCCCCUUUGAGGGGGUGGCCUGGACCCCCAGACCCCCGCAGGGCCCCCCGCAGGGCUGCUUCGCCUGCAUCGCCAAGCCCCCAGCUCUCCGGCAAGCUUCGCCCGUCCUGUCUCCUUCUUCUGCCGUUUAUCUCAUGGAGAGCAAGAGCUGCAAAGGGGACAGCCUGCGGCCAGCGGUCCCGUGCAAGCACUCGGUCGAGAAGAAGACAAUGACCAACCCCACCACUGUCAUCGAGAUCUACCCCGACACCACCGAGGUGAACGACUACUAUCUCUGGUCCAUCUUCAACUUUGUAUACCUCAACUUCUGCUGCCUCGGCUUCAUCGCCUUGGCCUAUUCACUGAAAGUCCGGGAUAAGAAACUCCUCAAUGACUUAAAUGGAGCAGUUGAAGAUGCCAAGACAGCCCGGCUUUUUAACAUCACCAGCUCAGCCCUUGCCACCUUCUGUAUCAUCCUUAUCUUCAUCUUCCUGCGAUACCCUCUCACUGACUACUGAGUGAGGCCAACAGCAGCUGCUGCCGCCAAAAUGCCUCUAUGCCAGAAGUGUCUGCAGUUUCUUGUAGCAAGGACACCCAAAACAAGCCAACCACUACACCUUGAUUGCCAAAAAAAAAAAGUCAAUUAAAUACAUAAAUAAAAUUAAAUUAGUUUAUCAGCCCAGCUGAGCAUACCUUUCUUGCCCUGAAAUGGUAUGUGAACAGCUGAAGGAAAGGGUCUCGCUCUUACACAUGUACAGGAAGAAAAAUAGACCAAGAAAUAUUUGUUUUAUGACCAACAAGCUGUGUGAAAAGAGCAUGUAAAGCCCAGAGCUGCACACACUUAGUGGCAGACAGCUGAGCUCUAGGAAGCAGUGGGGUCCUGUGGAGCUGGAGACACAUACAGUGAUGGAUGGGGAUCAUGGCAGGGCUGGCUUACAACAUAUCAGGUGUGUUCAGACCGCCCCACCACCCCCAGCUUGUGGGGAUUUAUUUUCCUUUUCUUUUCUCUUGAAUUGCAUCCACUGGUUCAAACAACUCCCAACCCCUGGAGAGCUGAAGGUGUUAGGAAGUUUAUGCUGGGGAGCCCCAAAGCCUCCAGAGAAACCCCAAAGUGUUAAAGGGCAGGUUUCUCCUUAGGAUCUCCCAGCAGUGCUGAGAAGGAAGGCACCUUCUGGAGAACUUGCCUAAACCACCUAAUUGGAGUGCUACUGUAUUUCUGUAAACAGUCAAUAAAAAGAUACCUCUGACAUGUGA